GUUUCGCCAGCUUUGUUGCUCGCGCAUCAAUCGACAUUCGACAGUAAAUUUUAAGUUCUUGGUCUUGUAACGCGUUUAACAAGAUUUGGUUUAAAAAUGAGUGCACCAGCACCAGCACCAUCCUAUAAAAUUGGAAUUGUCAAGCAGGUGUUAUCAGGCGAUACAGUCGUAAUACGCAAGCAGCCGCAGGGGGGUCCGCCACCCGAGAAAGUUCUUGCGUUAUCUGGAAUAACCGCGCCUAAACUAGCGAGACAGAGAACUGCUAACAAUGAUAAUGAAAGUAAAGAUGAGCCAUUUGCAUGGGAAGCACGCGAGUUUCUCAGGAAAAAGCUUGUCGGCAAAGAAGUAAUAUUUACUGCUGAGAAACCACCAAACUCUGCUACUCGAGAAUAUGGUUGUGUAUGGGCUGGCAAAGAUCCCACUAAGGAUGAGAACAUGACGGAAGCCCUCCUCUCCGAGGGUCUCGUGAAAGUAAGAGAAGGAGGACGCAACAUACCUCAGCUGAAAAGAUAUGUAGAAUUGGAAGAUGCUGCUAAAUCUCAAGGCAAAGGUCUGUGGGGCACUGACUUACAGAGUCAUGUUCGUGACAUCAAAUGGAGUGUUGAAAAUCCACAACAAUUUGUGAAGAAACUCAAUGGACAGCCAGUAAAAGCUAUUAUUGAGUAUGUGAGGGACGGCUCAACAGUGAGGCUGUGCUUGCUGCCUGAUUACAUCCCAAUUACAUUGAUGCUUUCUGGAAUUAGAUGUCCAGCUGUAAAACAAGAUGGUGAAUCUGAACCGUAUGCGGAAGAAGCCCGUUUCUUCUUGGAGUCAAAGCUGCUACAGAAAGACAUAGAAGUAAUUCUGGAAGGGGUCAACAACAACAACUUUGUUGGCACAAUCUUACAUCCUCAAGGAAACAUUGCUGAAGCCUUGUUACGUCAAGGUUUUGCCAGAUGUGUUGAUUGGUCUCUUGCUGUUAUGAAAUCAGGUGCGUCAACAUUGAGAGCAGCGGAAAAAGCAGCGAAAGAAGCUAAACUUCGUAUGUGGAUGAACUAUGUGAGCAACGCGCCAAUCAUUGCAGCGAAAGACAAAGAAUUCUCCGCUACAGUUCUAGAAGUUGUCAAUGGUGACGCUCUAGUAGUUAAGACACCCAAUGGUGUACAGAAGAAAAUAUUCUUAGCUAGCAUCAGACCACCAAGAGAAAAGAACAGCCCUGAUGAUGAAGGUAAGCAGUCUCCGAGACCAAAAGGUUUCAAGCCUUUGUAUGAUAUCCCAUGGUUAUAUGAAGCUCGUGAAUUCUUGAGGAAAAAACUUGUCGGAAAGAAAAUAAAUGUCACCGUUGACUACAUCCAACCUGCAAAAGACAAUUUCCCUGAGAAAACAUGCUGCACAGUGAUGGCCGGAUCAACAAACAUUGCGGAGGCUUUAGUUAGCAAAGGAUUUGCAACUGUUGUUAGAUACAGAAAUGACAAUGAUCAAAGAAGCUCACACUAUGACAAAUUACUAGAAGCCGAACAAAAAGCAAUCAAAGCUGCCAUCGGAGUUCAUGCCAAGAAAGACAUACCCACACACCGUAUCCAGGAUACCAGCGGAGAUGCAGCUAAGGCUAAGAAAUUCUUCCCCUUCCUAAAGAGAGCUCAAAAGACAGAAGCUGUGGUUGAGUUUGUCGCAAGCGGUUCAAGGAUGAGGAUAUACAUUCCUAAAGAAUCUGUCCUAGUAACAUUCCUAUUGGCCGGAAUCAACUGUCCAAGAGGGGCGCGCCCAGGUUUGAAUGGAGGUCCACCGCAGGAAGCUGAACCGUUCGGAGAGGAGGCUCUCCAAUUCACCAAGGAGAAGUGCUUGCAACACGACGUGAACGUUACGAUUGAAGAAAUGGACAAGGCUGGCAACUUUAUUGGCUGGCUUUGGAUCGACAACGAAAAUCUAUCUGUUGCUCUCGUAGAACACGGGUUAGCGUCUAUGCACCACACAGCCGAGACAUCGGAGUUCGCGCGCGCCAUCAAGACUGCCGAAGAGAACGCCUGCAAAAAACGCAUCGGAAUAUGGAAAGACUACGUUGAAGCUGAGAAGGAAGUUGAGAAAGAACGUAAUGCACCUAUUCAGGAUCGCAUUGUCAAGUAUGAUAAAGUUAUUAUUACGGAGGUAACUGUGGAAGGGCAUUUCUAUGUUCAGAACAUCGACUUGGGCACAAAACUAGAAAGUCUCAUGGACAAGAUCCACCAAGAAUUUAAAGCCAACACUCCUCUCCCUGGUGCGUACGUGCCGAAACGAGGCGCCAUCUGCGCAGCUCGCUUCACCCUCGACGAUCAAUGGUACAGAGCGAAAGUAGAAAAGAUCACUGACAACAAAAUGGCGCACGUCUUCUACAUAGAUUAUGGAAACAGAGAAAUAAUCAAUUUCACGAGAUUAGCGCAGCUCCCUGCAGGCACAGAGACUGAGCCACCAUAUGUGUCUGAAUAUGUGCUUGCCUGCGUGAAGUUCCCAUCUGACCCUGAUGAGAAGCUAGAAGCUGUCCGCGCUCUCUCGAUGGACACGCUCAACAAGAAGUUACUCGUCAAUGUUGAAUCUAAAGGCUCACCGCCAGCUGUCACUUUAGUAGAUCCCGCUACGAACACAGAUAUUGGAAAGAAUCUGAUCAAGGAAGGUCUGGUGCUGCUGGAGAACACUCGUGAGCACCGACUAGCCUCCCUGGUGGCGGAGUACCGUGCCGCUCAGGAGCACGCUAAGAGCUCGCGACUGAAUCUGUGGCGACACGGUGACAUCACCGACGAUGACGCGACUGAGUUCGGCGCGCGUCGCUAGCGCCCGCUAACUUGGUACGACGCUACUGCCUCGCCAUCUCACACGUUGUACUGCGCGACGUGCACUGCCCCACACGUCGAGACCAUCAUCUACACAGUCAUAUACGACUUCCUGUGAAUGGCGAACCCGGACGUACCAUUAUCCCCUCUCCCCACGUGUCCUACCCUCAUAUUAUGUAAUGAACACGAACUUUAUUGCUCAUGGUCACAAUUUUGACGUUUGAACUUUAAAAAAAAGUAUAAACCUCAAAAUAUCGAUAUUACAAUUUUUUACCGUGGUUUAAAAAGUUCAAACGUCAAAACUGAUCUAAAAUUCAUGUUCAUCAUGGUUAUUGUGCCUCCUGGUUCUAUUCAGUUUCUAUGAGAUUAACGUAUUUUUCAUAUUUAUUUCGUCAGGUGUUGUUUCUAAUUGUAGGGUUUUCUUUUAGACGGCUGGUAGACGACUACAUAGUUUACACGCAGUCUUAGUAAUGUUGCUAUUAUGUAAUGAAGGACUAUGCAUGGUAGAUUUUUUUGUGAAUCAGAAAUCCAUGUCAAACUUGCAUGAUCAAUUUUACCUGUUGUAAAUGUUAUUAUUCUACAAAGAAAUAUUACUAUUAAGAUGAACCACUUACUUUUAAAUGUAUAUGUAAAUGUGUGUUCGUAUGAGUAUUAGGGUGCGUCCAGAUUAGCGUCAUGUGUCUGUGACCGGACACGGUCUCGGCAAGGCUCGCUCAGAAUUUGUAUGUCGUGACUCGUGACAUAUUAUAUAUAAAUAUAUUCAUCUACAGUAGUGAAAUGUCACGGUCACAGUGACGUUUAAUCUGGACGCACCUUUAUGUAUCUUUAUAGUUAAGUGCAUUUCACUCAAAAUGUACUAUGAAGUGCGUCUCUAAAUUUUUAUCUGAAACCCCCAAGAUCUUUCUUCAUAUUUUUUAUUUUAAAGAAACUAUUUUAAAAAGUGCUACAAAUUUUACCUGAUGUUUUUUUAUUAGUAUACAAAUUACAAUAUUUUGCAUGUUGGUUGUGACAUGGUUAUGACACUAGGGUUCCGAUGGGGUAAUCACUUUGAUUUGUUUUUUUUUUCUAUGUUAUAUAUUUUUAUAUAACAUACACGAUA